CGCGUGGUCGCAGUUUUGAAUCGUCCCCUCCGUAGUUGUCAACAUAUUGUACGAGUUUAAGCGAGUGUUUUAUCGAUUCGUUCGGUGGCAGUUGUGUAAGGUGACGUAUUGUAAUACUGGAAUGUGUUACGGAGCUGCCCUCAGUGCGGAAAAUUUGGAGGGAACUGUUUUCGAGGAAUGUAUUUCUGAAGAGCGUGUGUUGUGAAUGUAUAUUGUAUCUUCGACCCACAUCAUUGAACAUUGUGAAAUAGUAUCCUUUGACAGUGAUCGGAAUGAAAGACCGUUUCUCUCAGCUUCGAUCCGCUUAAUGAUUCCUUUUGGGUGCUAAAUGAAGAUUGGCGCUCUUGUGACGUUCCUCUGGAUUAUGCAGAAGCUGUGGCCUGCAUCUCCGAAGAGCCUUCAAGUAUGAGCCGGGGGUACUACGUACCCUGUGCGCCGUUUCUUUAUCUGGUUCCGGACGGCGGGGGCGCGCCCGGCAUGGACUGCCUGCCGUUGCAGCAGCGCGCGCCCGGGCCCUUCCACUACCUUAUCAGCGAGCAGGCCAAGUGGCGGAGAUGGAGGCGGAGACGCUGGCGAGCCGCGUGCGGGCGUCGCAGCUGCAGACGGAGCUGGGCAGCCUGGUGGCGGCGAAGCGCGACCUGGAGGAGCAGCUGCGCGUCGCUGUCUCGCAGAAGAGCGAGCUGAACGCGCGCAUCCACGACCUGCACCUGCAGUUCGUCAGCGGCCGCGCGGCGGCCAACGCCAACGCCAACGCCAACGCGCACGGCCCGCUGUCCCACUCGUCCGGGGCGUCCUCGUCCGUCGCCUCGUCCUCCGUCUCCGCCGCGUCCUACUCGCCCCUCACCACCGAACUCGCCACCAGGUCAGUCCUUCCGCCUGCACUCAAAUAUGCAGGUUUCGUUCUUUGUCGCGUCGUCCGUAGACCUGCCACGUCUCAGGUUUUGGAUAAUUCAAUUUCUAGUUACGGAGAUUAUUUUUUUCUCGAUUUUGUUACCAAAAAGGAAAAUGCUAAUAGAGUAGUUAAA